CAGCGGCAGCCCUCCUCUCCAUCUACCUGCCUACAUAUCUGUCUGCCUGCCGGUCUGUCUGCCUGCAUGUGUGUGUGUAGCCUCUCAACGCCGAGGUGAAUGUAAAGCUCGGUGGUGCUGAUGGUGAUGGUGAUGGAGGAGACCGCCGUGGACCGGGGCUCUUGCUUUUCUCCCCGCCGGAGACACACAAACUCACCGGACGAAUAAAGGCGGCAGACGCCGGUGUGACGGUGCUCAGUGCUUCACUCUGCUCCUUCUUCUCUGCCGACACGCACAGAUGCUCUGCUCGGGAAGUUACCGACCAAAACACGGAUAAAUCCUCCGAGGUCUCCAACAUUUUGCAAGAGGCGCUCUCAGUCGAAGGAUUUCUUCCUCUGUGAGCCUGCUCUUCUCUGACCUCAACAAGAAACUCUCCAGCCCCCCCAAUAAGGAAACCUCCUCCUACUCAGACCGAGGCCUCUGAGAAAUGAGCUGCCAAUGAAUCACCUUCGAGGUCAUCAAUCAUCUCUACUCGGCCUGGGGGUCAUCUAGAGGGUUGGACCUCCUCGCCACCAUGAAAGGGUUGGGGACCAACCGUAACAGACACCUGUCUGACUCCUGUGAACCUCCCUCAGGCCAUCCAGACGCCCUCUACACGCAGAGGACCAGCACCCUGCCACGCAGCCCUUACCUACUGAGCCCCACGAUGGACCACUAUGGCACCAUGGACCCCCACCUCUACCAAUCAGCCAACCCUGGCUCCCUUCCUCCAGAGUGCAUGCUGCCCCUCAACAACCAGCUGUCCAACAGUAGCACCUUUCCCAGGAUUCACUACAACUCCUACGACCAGUCUGACUUCUCUCCACCUGGGGACAGCAUCGGGGGGAUAAGUACAGGCACCAUGGGCACAUCCAUGUCCAUGGGCAUGGGGACAGGGAUGAGCAUGGGCAUGGCAGGGCUGAGUGGACGAACACCUAUGAUUACAAGCGGCUCGGCAACUAUAUCACAUCAUAUGACUAAGAACCAGGCACCGCCCAGUCUGUUGGAUUUUGACAAGCAACUACCUGGAGGCCGUGACGGGUUCAGCACAUUGCAGUUCCAUCGAACAUCUGCCGUUGCUGCUGACAAGCAGCGCACAGACAGUCCUGGUCGCAUUCGUUACAUGCUGCACUCAGUGCAGAAGCUCUUUGCAAAGUCCCAGUCACUGGAGAGCCACAACAUGAAAGGAAACAUCAACGGACGCUCCACUGGCAGUGGUGGAGGCUCAUCUGGCACUGAAGACAGUGGGAAGCAGAAUCGUAGAUCCAAAAGUAAAGAUCGGGGUACAAAAUCAGAGGCAACUGCCAAAAGACGACCACGCUCCAACAUGUCAGGGUACUGGAGCUCAGAUGAUCUGGACAGCAGCGAUUUGAGCAGCUACCACAACACCAUGGCCAUGAUGACUCUGGGGCGUCCAACCGGCCAUGACAGCCAGGGCGGCCAGAGCAGGUACAUCCACAGCGGCUACAACACUAUCAGCUCCUCCAAAAGCAGCAACGACAUGAAGUAUCCGGCACUUCCUAUGCCUGGGAGUGGAGGAGGUGGUGGAGUAGGUGGAACAGGAGGACUGCUAUUAAAUGAUAAUGACUAUAUGAAAGGAGGGUCCUGGUCCACACUGACCAUGGGCCAGCCGAGACAGGUGAUCCAGAAGGGCUCAGCUACCCUGGACAGGUCCAUGCUCAAGUCCAAAUCCUGCCAACAGGAACUAACCUGCAACUACCUGCAGGUUGGCAGGCGGGGUGAUUGGAGUAGCACAUUAGGCCGCAGUGGGGGUGCCAAUGAAAUCCCCUGUCGGCGGAUGCGCAGUGGAAGCUACGUGAAGGCCAUGGGAGACAUGGAAGACAGCGACGACUCGGAGGGAAGCCCCAAACCAUCGCCAAAAUCGGCCGCUCGUCGCCAGAGCUACCUCAGGGCUACGCAGCAGUCUCUGAGCGACCAGCUACCCCCACGCAACUGUCUUCCAUCUCUCCGAGAAAUCUCCAAUAACCGCAGCCUGGACAACCUAGACUGCAUUGGGGGCACAGGCUCGUCUUUGCCACCAUGGGAUGACGAUGACUUCAGCCAGGCCUGCAGCACUUUAGGCAGACGUAGCUGCUUGGCACAGCUUCGGGACCUGGAAAUGAGUCAUCAUUACGAGGACCGCAGCUCCGACUCCACUUUCAGAGAUUCCCGUUCCCACUCUCAGGACAACUCAGAGCCUCCAGACUUACCCAUGCCAACAUGCUUCCGAUCACGCAGCCACAGCUACCUGAGAGCAAUCCAGGCUGGCUGUUCCCAAGAUGAUGACACAGCAUCCCUGGACUCGGGCUGCUCACCACCUCUGACUGACUCCACUGUUCGCACCUACAGCACCAGCACUGACGACCUUCCUGCACAGUGGCAGACAUGGAAAGAACAGUUUGGCUCUUACCUGAAAGCUUCUGGCUUGGACAGAGCCCCAAAGGAGAAGCAGCUUGCAAUUUUUCUUCAGCGUUUGGGGACAGACAGACCUCGCAUCCUACCCACACGCACAGUCUCUACAUGCAUAACCACCUGUAAGAGAGCUGCUCCUCCGCCGGUGCCACCCCGUACAACCUCCAAGCCCUACAUCUCUGUGACAGUACAGAGCAGCACAGAGUCAGCCCAGGACAACUACCUGGACCAACAGGACCGGAGGUCAGAGGUCAACAGCCAGUCAAGCCACGCCCACAGCAACUCCUCUGACAGCCUCGACAGUACUCGUGCCAACAGCCUGGCCCGGGGUAUUCCACGUCCUCCACACAUCAUCCCCACUCCCAUUGCCACCCCAAGAGAUCCAAUCGCCCCCACGACGUCCAAUGCUUCCACUGAAACAAGUGACUCAGCCGUCCAGCACGAAUCCCUGAAAUUGGGAUUAAUCAAAGGGAAUCUAGUGGCAGAGGAGCCCCUUGUGGCACCAGUACCCAGACGGAAACUGUCCUCCAUUGGAAUACAAGUUGACUGUAUUCAAGAAGUUCCAAGAGAGGAGACCCCACCUCCUUCCAAAUUUCAGUCAAUCGGAGUACAGGUGGAGGACGGGUGGCAGCUCAGUCGCUCCAGUAGCAUGGCCUCAAAACAAGAAACAGAUUCAGACACACAGGACAUCCCCAUCAUCUCCCAUGUUAAUAAUGUCAAACACUCAGAGAAGAAAGUCAUGGUCAAUAGUGCCAGCCAAUCCACAAGCUCCCCUCCCGGACAGGACUCUUUAGACAACGGAGACACUACUGGUGACGUCUCUUCACCCCCGCCGCCCAGGCAGAUCCUCAACCGCUCCACUACACGAAGUAGCUCCUCCUCCUUCUCUGAAAGUCUGGACCCAGCACUGGACCCCUCAUCCCUACCACCUCCUGACCCUUGGCUGGAGAGUGGGAACGUCAGUAACAGCAGCGCCCCCCAGAGUGGAGGAGGGGGAACACUGUGUCGGAGAGAUGGCCACUGGUUUCUCAAACUGCUGCAGGCUGAGACGGGACGCAUGGAAGGCUGGUGCCAGCAGAUGGAGCAGGAGACCAAAGACAACCAGCUUUCAGAGGAGGUGCUGGGGAAGGUUCGUAGUGCAGUAGGAAGUGCCCAGCUCCUAAUAUCCCAGAAGUUCCAGCAGUUCCGGGGACUGUGCGAACAAAACUUGAAUGUGAAUGCCAACCCGCGGCCCACAGCCCAGGACCUGGCUGGUUUCUGGGACCUGCUGCAGCUCUCCAUCGAGGACAUCAGCCUCAAGUUCGAUGAGCUCUACCACCUCAAGUCCAAUGACUGGCAGCCCGUGCCGUCUGCGGCUGCCCAGUCGCCCCCUGAGCGGAAGGACGAAGAGAAGGCAACCCCUCUAGCGUCAAAGAAGCCCGGUAAGGGACGACCAUUGCUGGGCCGAGAGAAGAGUGCCGACUCGUCGUCCACCUCCUCUUCGGCUUCGGCAGAAAAGCAGAGACAAGAGGCUCGCAAGCGUCUGCUAGCUGCUAAAAAGGCUGCGUCAUUUCGACAGAACUCGGCCACAGAGAGCGCGGACAGCAUCGAAAUCUAUGUCCCCGAGGCCCAGACUCGUCUCUGAGAGGGACAGUGAGAAGGAAGGAUAUGUGGUCGGAUCAAAGGACAGAUUACUGUCGCUGGAGAAGGAGUGGAAAACUCUUCUGAUGCAAAUGAGCUAACUGAGUAAACAAGGAUGGAGGUAGGGGGAGGAGAGAUUAAGGUCUUAAAGAUUGGGGUGGGAUCUGAUUUGGCUAUUUUUGACACACUCUUACAGUUUUAGGCUGGUCCUGGUGGCAUCACACACUAAUUUAACAAGACAGAAAAUGAAAUAUUGAGCUUUCAUGGACUCAACGGACGAUAAAGCAGGAGACUCCUCGUUUGAGGCUGCCAUUGAAAACCUCAGCUGAUGAACUGUAUAAUUUCUUGUUACUACUCUUGAUAUCAUAAAAUUGUUAAUGAAAGUAUUGUUAUUACGACGAUUAUAUCCUAAAGAAUCUAUAUGAAGACUGUUUUAAACGUUCCUCUUUCUUGGCUAUAAGAUCUAUUAAGUGGGCAGAAGGGAAACAUUAAUGCUCUUCUGUCUCCCAUCGUCCUCCUCUCUUCCCAGAUCAUUGGCCAUCUUGUAGCUUUGCACAACACCGCCUUGUGGCCAUCACACUCACACACUGUGCACACAACAUCCACUGCACUCACAAACACACUGCAAACUCACACCUAUGUAUGUCUUCCUUGUAUUUAUUUGUUUAUGUUAUUCAUCUCUUUGUUUUGUAUAAAAAUCUGUUUAGAUCUGCUAAUCUGAAUAUUUUUGGUAUGAUGAAUCUGAGAAUCGUAUUUGAAGGGGUAUUUAUAUAGUUCCUAGCAAUUAACUUGUGUGCGUGUGUCCUUAAAGAUGUUCUUGUGUCAAAGAUUAACGCUGGUGAGAACCUGUAAAGACGAGCUUCUUAAUGGUUUUGAAUGAAAGCAAAACCCGAUGUUGACGAUGACCGAGCAUGAGGAUCUCUGUUUCAUUCGGAAUGUCAGUGGCCACAAUAUUAAUUAAGAUUUUCUUUGUAGGGAAGAAAUCUUCAACCCCUUGUUAGUCUCUCUCGCUUCCCUCUGUCCCAUUAACUUUGUUUUACAUGUUUGUGCUGUUACUGAAUAUUCCAAUCAGGAUUUGUGUUCCAUCUGUCUGUUUAAUGCUUCUUUAAGUGCUUUUAUUAACCACACUUAGCAUUCAACUUGUAAAUCUCAAAUAAAUCUAGGGCUUUUAUCGAAGUGAUGCAGCAGGCUGAGUAUCCAGGAUGAUACUGUGUUCUAGUUUGCGGGGGCGCACAUCAAGGCCUGUGUCUUGUGCGUGUUGCUGUAGUUUUUAUACUUUGAUUUCCGACAGCAUUUUGAUUUAUUUUGCCUCCCAUCACUGAACAAAAUCAAUCUUUGUUACCACUAUUUUUUUCCCCUCAUUGAACAUCAUCCAAAGUACCUGCACUUUUUUUUUAUUCAAAGAAACAAGAUAUUUAAUUAAAGCAUUACAUACAUUA